UGACUGCUAUUAAACAGGAUGUGUUGGUAGUGAACUGUACAUCAGAAUGGAUAUCUUCCAAUCACGUCCUUGCAACAUGUAGGACUGCACUGAAACAGCAAGGAGUUCUGGGAUUAAAUAUGGCUCCUUGCAUGCGAGCUUUCUUGGAACGUUUGCCGAUAAUGCUUCAGGAACAGUAUGCUUAUGAAAAGCCCCAUGUUGUUUGUGGAGACCAGCUUGUUCAUAGUCCUUAUAUGCAGUGCUUGGCAUCACUCGCUGUGGGCCUUCACCUAGAUCAGCUCUUGUGCAAUCCCCCGGUACCACCUCAUCACCAGAACUGCCUCCCUGAUCCUUCAGCCUGGAAUCCCACAGAAUGGGCCUGGCUAGAGUGUUUCUCUACUACCAUAAAAGCUGCUGAAGCCCUGGCCAAGGGAGCACAGUUUCCAGAAUCCUUUGCUGUUCCAGACCUGGAGCCUGUUCCAGAGGAUGAGCUUACUCUCCUAAUGGAUAACAGUAAAUGGAUCAAUGGUAUGGAUGAACAGAUAAUGUCUUGGGCAACGUCAAGGCCAGAGGAUUGGCACUUGGGAGGUAAAUGUGACGUGUAUCUGUGGGGAGCAGGAAGACAUGGACAGUUAGCAGAAGCUGGUAGAAAUGUCAUGAUACCAGUAGCAGCACCUUCAUUCUCUCAGGCUCAGCAGGUUGUUUGUGGUCAGAAUUGUACUUUUGUCAUUCAAGCUAAUGGCACGGUUUUGGCUUGUGGAGAAGGGAGCUAUGGGCGACUGGGACAAGGAAAUUCUGAUGAUCUUCAUGUGUUAACAGUCAUCUCAGCACUGCAAGGCUUUGUUGUAACACAGCUGGUGACCUCUUGUGGAUCUGAUGGACAUUCCAUGGCUUUAACAGAAAGUGGGGAAGUGUUUAGCUGGGGAGAUGGAGAUUAUGGCAAACUGGGACAUGGGAACAGCGACAGACAGCGCAGGCCUAGACAAAUAGAGGCUCUGCAAGGAGAAGAAGUGGUGCAGAUGUCGUGUGGCUUCAAACACUCUGCUGUGGUGACAGCAGAUGGCAAACUUUUUACAUUUGGAAAUGGUGAUUAUGGGCGAUUAGGACUUGGAAAUACUUCUAAUAAGAAACUUCCAGAAAGAGUGACGGCGCUGGAAGGUUACCAGAUUGGACAGGUGGCCUGUGGACUCAAUCAUACUGUAGCUGUGUCAACAGAUGGCUCAAUGGUUUGGGCUUUUGGAGAUGGAGAUUAUGGUAAACUUGGUUUGGGAAAUUCCACUGCAAAAUCCUCACCGCAGAAAGUGGAUAUUCUUUGUGGAAUUGGAAUAAAAAAAGUUGCCUGUGGAACCCAAUUCUCUGUUGCAUUGACAAAAGAUGGUCAUGUGUAUACUUUUGGACAAGAUCGACUGAUAGGUUUGCCGGAAGGUCGAGCUCGAAAUCACAACAGACCCCAACAAGUUCCAGUACUGUCAGGAAUCUUCAUUGAAGACAUAGCUGUAGGAGCAGAGCAUACACUAGCUUUAUCAUCCACAGGGGAUGUAUAUGCUUGGGGUAGCAACUCUGAAGGGCAGCUUGGACUGGGCCAUACCAACCAUGUCAGAGAACCAACCCUAAUAACAGUCCUGCAAGGAAAGAAUGUUCGACAGAUUCCAGCAGGACGUUGCCACAGUGCUGCCUGGACCGCUCCGCCUGUCCCACCAAGAGCUCCAGGUGUUUCAGUGCCUUUACAGCUUGGUUUACCUGAUGCCAUUCCACCACAGUAUGGGGCACUCAAAGAAGUGAGCAUUCAUACAGUAAGAGCAAGGCUCAGACUGCUGUACCAUUUUUCUGACCUCAUGUACUCUUCAUGGAGAUUACUUAACCUCAGUCCCAAUAACCAGAACAGUACAUCUCAUUACAAUGCUGGAACAUGGGGAAUAGUUCAAGGACAGCUAAGGCCCUUGCUAGCACCACGAGUAUACACACUCCCCAUGGUACGCUCUAUAGGAAAAACUAUGGUUCAGGGGAAAAACUACGGGCCACAGAUUACUGUGAAAAGGAUAUCAACCAGAGGUCGGAAAUGCAAGCCCAUUUUUGUACAGAUAGCAAGACAAGUGGUAAAGCUGAAUGCAUCAGACCUUCGCCUACCUUCCCGUGCCUGGAAGGUGAAACUGGUUGGAGAAGGGGCUGAUGAUGCAGGUGGAGUGUUUGAUGACACUAUUACAGAAAUGUGUCAGGAGCUGGAAACUGGAAUAGUAGACAUGCUUAUUCCUUCCCCAAAUGCUACAGCUGAAGUAGGCUAUAAUAGGGAUAGGUUUCUCUUUAACCCUUCAGCAUGUUUAGAUGAACAUCUGAUGCAGUUUAAGUUCUUGGGCAUUCUCAUGGGUGUAGCUAUUCGUACAAAAAAGCCAUUAGAUCUUCAUUUGGCUCCAAUGGUCUGGAAGCAACUUUGUUGUAUCCCACUCAUCUUGGAGGAUUUGGAGGAGGUAGAUCUGCUCUAUGUGCAGACCCUCAACAGCAUUCUUCACAUUGAAGACAGUGGGAUUACUGAAGAAAAUUUCCAUGAGAUGAUUCCUUUAGAUUCUUUUGUUGGCCAGAGUGCUGAUGGUAAAAUGGUUCCCAUAAUCCCUGGAGGGAACAGUAUCCCACUUACCUUUUCAAACAGGAAAGAAUAUGUGGAGAGGGCAAUUGAGUACAGACUCCAUGAAAUGGACCGUCAGGUGGCUGCUGUAAGAGAAGGAAUGUCUUGGAUUGUUCCGGUUCCUUUGUUGUCUCUUCUGACUGCCAAGCAGUUGGAGCAAAUGGUCUGUGGAAUGCCAGAAAUAUCAGUUGAAGUUCUGAAGAAAGUUGUGCGAUACAGAGAAGUUGAUGAGCAGCAUCAGCUAGUACAAUGGUUCUGGCAUACCCUUGAGGAAUUUUCAAAUGAAGAGAGAGUCCUUUUCAUGAGGUUUGUGUCAGGAAGAUCUCGAUUGCCAGCCAACACAGCUGAUAUCUCUCAGCGAUUCCAAAUAAUGAAGGUUGAUAGGCCUUACGACAGCUUGCCUACCUCACAGACUUGUUUCUUUCAACUGAGGCUCCCACCUUACUCCAGUCAACUAAUCAUGGCAGAGCGUUUGCGCUAUGCAAUCAAUAAUUGCAGGUCUAUAGAUAUGGACAAUUAUAUGCUCUCACGGAAUGUGGACAAUGCAGAGGGCUCAGACACAGAUUAUUAACAUUCUGUGAACAAAAUCAUCUUCCUUUUACUACAAAUAGUGCCCUAAGUCCAAUUCAUUGUUGACAUAAUUUUACAGUAACCAUAGAUGUUUUAGGAGCAUAAAAACAGGUGUUAAUAGACAGUGGCCACAUCUUAGUUACUCUGAAUGUAACAAAAAAUUAGAUGUUUUUAUUUUUUUUUGUGAUUGUAAAAAAGAAAAAAAGGAAAAAGAAAACAAAAAAGUAUUGAUCAGUAAGUUUUUUUCCUCCUUUUUUGGUCACUUUUGAUAAGUUUGCAUGGAGACAUUUUGGUGCAUUUUUGUUGGGAAUAGUACGUUUGUAAGCCCUCCCAGUGAACAUGAAGAGUUGUACAUUGUGUAUAAUUGUUCAUUAGCAAGGACAGUUUUACAUGAAUAUUCACAUAUUUAUUUUGUUUUAAUUUGAAUUGCCUGUGCAGGGUUCCUUAUGCAGAGAAAAAUAAAGCAAAUUCAAGAAUUGGUUGCUUGUAUGCAUUUGUGAACUGUGAUUGGUUUACUCAGUAUUCAUACUUUUAUAUUUUGUCUCAGGAAAUUAUAGUAUUACAGUGUUUAGACAAGAUGUGACAUUUGAAGCAUCUUAAAAUGUUUAUCUUCAACAAAUUUGAUGUGUAGUACUGUGCUCUGCGUUCUUAAUGUCUUUGAGGUACUGGCUUUUUUCGGGUAUACCACUAUUUAUUUAUUCCUCAUACUUCAAUACA